UUGAUUCUUGCGAAAUCCGGCAACAUGGCGCGCCCUCUCUCUCUCUUCAGCGUGUCCGCGAUCCUCAUCCUCGCUAUCGACGACAGCUCACGCAUCCUCACAAAAUACUACCAGAGCCCACACCCGCCCCAAGGCAACCCUGCCGAAUACCCCGGUCAAAUCGCUUAUAAGACAGUAAAAGACCAGAAAGCCUUCGAAAAAGGUCUACUAGAGAAAACGGCAAAACAAACAACCGACAUCAUUCUUUAUGAUCAGAAAGUAAUCGUGUUCAAGAUGGAGUCGGAUGUUAUGCUCUAUGUUGUGGGCGGUGCUGAGGAAAAUGAGGUCCUGUUGUACAGUGUUGUGUUGGCUCUACGCGACUCGCUGAAUAUUCUUCUCAAGAACUCGGUCGAUAAGCGUACUGUGAUUGAGAACUAUGAUCUGGUGUCACUCGCUGUCGAUGAGCUGGUGGACGACGGCAUCAUCCUUGAGACCGACCCGGUCGUCAUCGCAUCGCGCGUUAGCAAACCACCCCAACAAGAUAUGACUUCGAUGAAGAACAUCGACCUUUCGGAGCAGGGCUUUCUCAACGCCUGGGAAUUUGGCAAGCGACAAUUGGCGGAGAGAAUACGGCAGGGUCUAUGA